GUGGAUGCUAUUCACGAUGAAUUUUAUUAAAAGCUGUAGAGGCCUGAUUUGCUAGUGUCUAUGGGUGAAUCGGGGGAGUCCUCUGGUGGGUGAAGACCACCCUCAGCCUGCAACGCCUUGACGUUUUUGGCUAUACGAGACGCCCCUUUGCAAUGCAUCGCGAAGGCAGGGUCCCAACCUGUGUCCUGUCCUCUUAAGGGCCUUCUUCGCCGACACCACAGGCCCUUGACAUGGCAUCCUCCGUCGACCCAUCCAACUCAGCAUCCUCAUUCGAAUCGACGCUUGCUAAGAGAUGCCUCCUGCACCGCGCAAGAGUACUGGGUCCAAAACAAGGCGAAUCUAUGGACGACAACGGAGUUUCCUUGGUCAGGAUGGUGUCGCUUGUCGCCGUGAAGGCGAGUAUGGUCUUGAGGAAGCAGCACAGCCACGACCAGUCUCACAGCUGAAACGUGGGAACUCGAAUCUAAGAGCACUACCAGCGAUAAAGCGUGGUAUUUCAAGUCUUAGUGGCGGAAACAAUGAACCAAAUGUGGCUCUCAGGGCGUCGCAUGAACUACGGGAGGCAGGGCAAAGCCAUCGGUUCAAAGAUGAGAUCGAAUAUAUUUUGCAUGGUAUCAGGUCAAACAACAAGCUAAACAUUCGCCGGACCAGCUGCUUAGAUCUAUCGCGCUCCAUGUUGAGGCAGGAAUUUGCUGAGCAAGUCAAGGCACACCACUACAUGCCAAUAAUCUUUGAGUCAAUAUGUAUUGACCGGGAUCCGAUUGUAUUUUCCUGCCUGGUGCUCAUGAUAGGCAUCGUUCUGCAGGAUGAAAAGGGAUGGAGAGAUGUUAUGACUAUCAGCAAUCUCGUUGAUUUUCUAUGCGAAGGUUUGAAAAUGAGCGCAGAUCCCAUGGCUGUAUUACCAACUGGUCGCCACGAAAUAUCUAUGUACAACGACUUCAAGGACAUAGUUCGGCAAGCGGGAAUCAUUCAAAAAGGACAAAAAGUCUUGACAAUGUCCAUAAUCCUGUCGACUUUAGCGUAUAUCGUCAAUGGGUGCGUAUCAAUGCAGGAUGCUGGCACCCUAUCAGUUGUUACUCAAGACUCCGCCUUUAUAGAAGCGAUUAUCAAUAUCUUAGUGGAUGAUCUUGCAUGGAUAAAGCAGCCAUCAUCGACACCAGAUGUCGCUCUCUCCGAUGUACUGGACAUUGAUCGGAUAGAGAACUGUCUCCGUAUUCUCGAGAGACUUGCACUGAUCUGCAGACGGCCGGCCGCGGCGCUUGCGGCCAAUAUACGACUCUUCCCACUUUUGGUACAAUUGAUCGCACUCUGUCGCGCGCAUGCCUUCCAAUAUCCUCAACGCACUGAAUCCUUGAGCCUAAUGCUACACACCCUGCGUCUGCUGAUCAAUGUCACGAAUGGAUUCGAGCCUUGCUGCGACAAUCUGGCACAGAGUGGGUCAAUUGCGAUCUUGGUCCAAAAUUUCGUGCAGUUUUAUAGCCAAUGCCGGAACUACAACCCUGAGCGACAAGACACAGAGCCGCUGUCAUCAGCAGAUGUGAACAAAAUACAAUGGACAAUGAUAGAUUCACGGUCGGAUUCUGGGCUAUCAUUCCAGAUGCUGCCCCAAGAUGAUGCUGCAAGCUGCUGUGUCACUGCUGGCACUCUGGACUUGGAUUUUCCUCAGCCUUCGCUCGAUGCGACAUUGAAUGCUUCGCAUCGUAGAGAGACCAUAAUCGAGAACGAUGCCAAUGGAUGGUACGAUAUUCUGCUACUAUCGAUCGGUCUACUGGUCAACAUGCUGGAAACCAAUCCAGAUCGCAGGGAACAAGUAACACGCGCAGCUAUUGGAUUAGAAUGCAAGGCGAUUGGAGAUUGCUUUCAUAAGGAGUGCAGGUGUGAAAAGAGUAUGGAGGCACUGGAACGGUUGGUUGAGAUAUAUAACACGGAAGCAACCAUUAGCGAGAUGACGGAAAAUCAAGUCCUGGCAGCCUACCUGGCGUUACUUAUCGGCUGCAUCGUCGGAGAAAAUCGCGAAUAUGAGGCCCGUCUGUACAAGUCGAUCAAUGGCGGCAGUCUUGUCCCUAUAGUAGACCUUCUGAAAGAGUUCGUGGCCCUUCAUCAGACAGUGCAAGCAACCCAGGAGGACGGCGAUCAAGUGAUGUCGACCCAAAGAUCAUGCCAGGAACUAACGGAUGGAUCCACAGACGGUUUCGAUGCGAUCCAUUCUGGGGAUGAGAAGGCCCUUUCAGAAAUAUCAUUUUCAUCCGCAAGUGUUGCAGAGACCCACAGUAGUUUUCUCAAGAUCAUCCAAGUGUUGCAGGAAAUUGAAACACGUACUCUAUCCCUUGGAUCGUCUCAUCUGGAAAGAGAGACAGACACCUAGGAUAAAUUUUAACUGAUACGGCCAAUACAGUUAUUCUUGCUGGGGCCGGCGGAGGGGCUUUGGGCGAGACAAGUUACUGAUCCACUCAAGGCCAAUACAACAUUGGCCAAAUUUUGGGAGCCCAUGCAGUCCCUAUCUAGCCAUCUCUGGCACCCAUCCUCAAGACAGACAGACGCCCGAUUCGCUGGCUUUGUCCUUGUUUUAUCCUACACAUCUCGGAUAUUUCGAUG